UUUUUUGCUGUUCUUCAUGUGUGAGUUGUGUGCUUGUUGCUUACUAUUAUCGUGCAUAACAAUAAUAGGCGCGCGUUCUUGGUUCGACUUGUUUACGCGCUGCGGCUAAAAUUUUUUCUCAUUACGUUCUCGUUGUUCCUUUAUAUUACGAAUAUUUAUUCCAAAAAUUAUGUAAAAAAAUCUUUCCGUUCAUUUUCGUCUUAUUAUCACACAAGGAUUUAAGAAUUGUCAAGUCAGCAAUAAUGGCAGAAUUAAUCAGUGGAAAAUGCAGCAACGAAAAUGAUUCCCAUCAUUCGGUAAAAGUUUUGGAUGAAGAGGAUGCUCUCCUGGAUGAGGUGAUUUGCGGCAUAAAUGCUAAAUCAGAAAUAAAUGAUACAAAUAACGGAGACAAGAUGGACAGUGUAACUGUGAAUGACGAGCAAAAUAGAAGUAUGAAAUUAGAAUUGAACUCUGAAGAGAAUUUGAUAAACAAAAUGGAGAUGAACGAAGCGAUUGUAGUAGAGCAUAUGAAAAAUAAAGAAGAUUCAGUAGAAACAAAAGAUCUUGGAUUGGAGUGGAUCGAGAGUGAUGAAAGCAUAGAUAGAGAUGAAUGCUUGCGCGACGGUGGUAGAAGUCCUAUCACUCAGGAAAAUAAUGAAACUACGCGUAAGAGAUUAAGAGAAGAGAGCUUGGAGAAGUACAACGAAAGAGUCUCCAGAAAUAGAAAAAACAGUGGGUCAAGCUCCAGCACAACUUCCUCAGGUGCUGGCAAAAAAUCAGAACAAUUUGAAAAUGACCCUGCUGUAUUGGCCCGGAGACAAAAAGAUAUAGAUUAUGGAAAAAAUACUAUAGGCUAUGACAGAUACAUCAAAAUGGUUCCUAAACACCAAAGAACCAAAGAGCAUCCAAAAACGCCGCCAAAAUACACGAAAUAUAGUAGACGAGGGUGGGAUGGUAUGGUAAAGUUAUGGCGAAAACAGCUUCAUACUUGGGAUCCUCCAGAAGAAAAUGGCACGAAAGAGGAAUCCGAAAAUCCAACUUUUUCAUAGUCAAAUAUCGCUCUAAAAGAAAAUCAUGAAAAAAAAGAAGCUCUAGCGAAAUAAGUUCAUAAAUUUACAAAUAAAUGUUGGAGCUAUCAUUCGAUGGUUUUUAUACGAAAUACAGACAGGCCGUGUUUAUUUUCAAUUUGUACGUGGAUGUACGAGCCUCAUGUGUGAAAUAUAUAUUUCUUGGAAUACGCGAA